CAAGAUGACUUAUUUUGGUCGCAUUUUACUCCUGUCCAUCUUAUUGAUGGUCUACGUAGAUCCAUCCAAAGCAGUUUGUGGCUAUGAGUCAUGUCCCGCAACAAAAGCGAACAUGGUCAACAUCCAUUUGGUUCCCCACUCCCACAACGAUGUGGGUUGGCUAAAAACAGUUGAUCAGUCUUACUACGGUUACAAUAACAAAAUUCACCAUGCCGGUGUGCAAUAUAUAUUGGAUACUGUGGUGUCUCAGCUCCUCCAGGACUCCGAGCGUCGCUUUAUUCAGGUGGAGACGGCCUUCUUUGCCAAGUGGUGGGACGUCCAGUCGGAGACCAUGAAAAAGGUGGUCACCAAGCUGGUCAACGAGGGGCGUUUCGAGUUCACCGGCGGAGCUUGGAGUAUGAACGACGAGGCAGAUGUCAACUACCAGGGUGUCAUUGAUCAGUUCACUGUGGGAUUGAAGUUCUUAGACGAGACCUUUGGCGCCUGUGGUCGUCCUCGAGUUGGCUGGCAGAUCGAUACUUUUGGACAUUCCCGCGAGCAGGCAGCCAUUUUCGCCCACAUGGGCUACGAUGGUCAGUUCUUUUCACGAAUGGAUCAUAAUGACAAGGAUACGCGUAUGAAUAACUUAACCAUGGAGAUGAUCUGGGAUGCCAGUGAAUCGAUGAGCGGCGUCAGUCUCUUCAGCGGCAUGUUGUACAACUUCUACUCGGACACUCCAGGCUUUUGUUUCGACAUACUUUGCACUGAUGAGCCUAUCAUUGAUGGCGACAGCGAAGAAAACAACGUGAAACAGAGGGUAGAUGACUUCAUCAGUUAUGCAAAGAAUGUGUCAGAGGUCUAUAUCACUAAUCACAUCAUGGUUCCCAUGGGCGGGGACUUCCAGUACGAGGACGCAAAGGUCAACUACAAGAAUAUGGACAAGCUGAUCAAGUACAUCAACGAACGUCAGGCAUCUGGAUCCAACUAUAAUAUCUUUUACUCCACUCCAAGCUGCUAUCUGAACUCCCUACACCAGAGCCUGGAAUCCUGGCCAAACAAGACCCAGGACUUUUUCCCAUAUGCUCACGAGAAGAAUAGCUUCUGGACUGGAUUUUUCACUUCCCGACCCACUCAGAAAAGAUUCGAGCGGGAUGGUAAUCACAUGUUGCAGGUUGCCAAGCAGCUUUCUGUACUCGCAAAUCUUACAACCGAACAGCACAACGAAAACUUGGAUUAUCUGCGCCAGGUGAUGGGAGUGAUGCAGCAUCAUGAUGCCAUCACGGGCACGGAGAAGCAGGCUGUCUCCGAUGACUACGAUCGAAUGAUGUACGAAGCCAUUGUUGGAGCAUCUAACAAUGCCCGGGAUGCAUUGCGGAUUCUGGCCAAUAUGCCGAAUGGAGAGUUCGAGAGUUGCCUGAGGUUGAACAUCAGCGAGUGUGCUUUUACCAAGGAUGGUGCUGACGACGUGUUGGUGACUUUGUAUAAUCCACUUACCCAUAGCUCCACUCAGUAUGUUCGCAUUCCUGUUAAGGAGGAGAGCUAUCAAGUCACUGACGAGAAGGGCAGAACAGUUCCAUCGGAGGUGGUACCAGUGCCGUGGCAAGUUUUGGCAUUGGAGUACAGACCCAAUGAUACCCAGCACGAGUUGGUGUUCAAGGCCACGGCAAAUAAAAUAGCCAGUUACCAUAUAAAAAAGGUAGAGAGCUCGGAGGCCAAACCUUCUAUAAAGAAGAUUGAUCCCAGAGAAGAUGAAAGUUCAGAGACUGUAGUAGAAAACUCGCUCGUUAAACUGGUGAUUGACAACCAAACAGGACGAUUGAAGUCGGUCGAAAUGAACGGUGUGUCUGAGAAAAUAGUCCAGAACUUUGGCGUUUACAAGAGCAACACUUCUUGCGCCUACACUUUCCGCCAAAGUGGGGAUAUUCAAGUUUUUGAAAAUGACUUUGAGUUCACAGUCUAUGAGGGAAGUUUGGUCAAGGAAGUGCACCAGCAUGUGAACGAUUGGAUCUCGCAAGUGAUCCGCAUCUACGAGGGCGUAAACAGAGUGGAGUUCGAGUGGCUGGUGGGACCCAUUCCCAUCGAUGACAAAGAAGGUAGUGAGUUUGUCACAAACUUUAAGAGUGAGAUUUCUUCGAACGGAGUUUUCUAUACCGAUUCCAAUGGUCGUGAGCUGAUGAAACGUGAGAAGAACAAACGCGAGGACUUCGUCUCCGACUUAAGCCGUCAGCCUGUGAGUGGCAACUUCUAUCCAGUCACUUCGAGAAUUGCCCUUCAGGACGAUACCAAGCGAUUGGUCCUCCUGAAUGAUCGCUCCCAGGGAGGAGCCAGUUUGGAGGAUGGUGCUCUGGAGAUGCUGCUCCAUCGGCGUCAUCUCUUCAACGACGGCGGUGGCGUGGGCGAAGCCCUGAAUGAGACGCAGUAUGGCAAAGGUCUGAUUGCCCGAGGAAAACUUUACCUCAUUCUGGAUUCCGCGACUGAUGGAGAUACUGUGACGGAACGCAAGACGGAGAAAGAGCUCUUCCUGCCCUUUUGGAAGUUCUUUAGCCAGGCAGGUGGAGUCCAAGCGGCUCCAGCAAAAUCCCCACUCGACUUUAAUGAUCUUCCCCAGUCGGUUCACCUACUCACCUUGGAGUUCUUCACCGAGAAUGAAAUUUUGAUCCGCUUUGAGCAUUUCUUGGAUAAAUAUGAAGGAAGGGUGACUAGCUUCAACAUACGAGACAUAUUCGAUAGUCUUGGGGGCUCGGCGAUCAGGGAAACCACCUUGGAUGGAAACAUGCCUCUGAGCGACAUGAAGCGAUUUAAGUUCCAUGCCCAAGAAUCCGGAAACAAGCCGGCAUCCGUGGAAUAUUCUACGGCUCAGCACAAGCCACUUGAGGCUGUCGAAUCGGACGAGGCCUCACUGUUUGCUGUAACUCUAUAUCCCAUGCAAAUUCGCACAUUUAUUAUUAAAACGGUGUAAGAAAAGUAUAAGAAAUAAAUGAU